CUCAGGUACCCGGGGUUGAAACACUUAUGGAAGAUAUCGAUGAAUUUCAGAGUGUCUCUCAAGUGGCAGGAUCUCCGCAGAUGGUUCGGACCCUGGAUGCUGUGGGUGUCAGACCUAGAGGUUCCCCCAGGCAGAAACUCCUCAAGGACUCCUUAGCAGCAAAAGAACUCCAGACCAUGGAGAAACACCUGGCUGAUAUUGAGAAGGACCUAACACUAUGGGAGGAAGCAAGGCUCUCAAGAAGCCCUAGUGUCCAACAUCACAGUUUAGUUCUUGUAUCUGACUAUCAAGGCAAUCUUCAAGCUACACAGGGGCAAAAUGUGAGGCCUCAAGUGCCAACUACGAUGGGGAAGAACAUUCAGCUCCAAGGAAGUAAAUCAUCACCACUGCCCAGUAACAGCAGAACACAGGUCUCCAGCGUGGCAAACAGCAAACCUCCAACGCCUGGUACACAAACCAACAGGCCAUCAACUCCAUCAACUCCAGGGAGCAGACCUGUGACCCCAAAUAGCUUGCUGUCACAGCCUCUUACCCCUAGCAACCAAGGAAACAGGGGAGGCAUCAUUAGUAUGCAAAGAAGCAGAUCUUUGACAUCUAAGAGCCAAAUGGGGAGGACCCUCAGCCCUGCUUCAGGUCUCUCUGUGCAAAUGAGUGGAGAUAUUGUUGGAACUGUCACUACUCAGAGAAGCAGUUUAUCAGAA